AUGAAUUUGAACAGUCCUCCCUCUGAUAGUGAUAUCCCUGAAACAUUUGGCAGCUCUGCCAUGCGCAGUCAUCAGCGCCGUGAAAACCGCCGAACUAUCCAAUCAGCCCAACUUGAUACUUCAGAAGCUUUAGACCGGUUCACCAAGGUUGUAGAAAUGCUACAUACAAAUAAAGUGAACAAAAGCAAUGCAUUUGAAUUAAGGAUCAUGGACUAUAUUUCUGAAGUAUUUAAAGGUGUUGAAGCCCAGUCCAAAGAUACUGAAUUUGUAUGGCAAAAAUAUUCUACUGGGAUUGAUUCUUGUGCAAAAAUUUAUGGGUAUUGUGUUGAUUUUAUACACUCAGAAACCUUUAGGGUCUUAGGAGGGCUCAAUCGAACACAUGCCCCAGAAGAAGAGGAAAAUGACGAAAAUAAUGAAAAUCAAGAUGAAAAUGUUGAAGAUAAACCCAAAAAGAAAAAGAAAUGUCCAGGUGGGUCAUCAACGCUAGAGAGAAGUGCUGAUGCUAUUAAUACCACGAAAUUUGAAAAAUCUGAUGACUUUGACCCUUAUUUUAGACUCAUGUCAGCAAGAUUUGACGCCUCAAGUGCUGAAGGUCUUCUUAUCAACAAUUUGUCCAUAAAUGGAGCAAUUGAACUGAUUUUAGGAGACGAUGAUAGACUUGAUAUCACUGAACCCCUCAACCAAGAGCCAUAUUUGAAUUUAGAAGGAUUUUUUAAGAGUUCUUAUGAAGAACUACUGGAAAUGGAUAUAAGCCCUGAGCUUUCUGAAUUUGAAAGAGUCAGACUCAAUGGACAGCCAAGUGGAGCUGGCUUAGAAAAAAUUUUAGAAAACAUGAACGCUGAGUACGAUCUUUUUGAAGCUUCAGGCUCAGAAGCGUCUUUACCUGAAGAAGGUCCACAAGAACAAAUAGAUCUUGCUGACCUCGCUGACUCAAUUUUUAAGAAAAAAGAGAGAGACAUGUCAGAAGCUUUUCAUUCAGAUGUAAAUACUGCUAAUUUAAUAGAAAGGCUCAAUAAUAUUGAGCAACGUGACGAUUAUCGCUAUUUCUCCAACCCCAAACUCGGCACCUGGGCAGGUUUUGAAUUUUGGAAUCGCAUCUCCAACCCUAACCCAAACAAGCCAAAAUCUGAAAAAAAAAUCCGCAAAAAAAAAGAGCCGACUGAGAUAAACCUUGACUAUACCACAAUAGCCAAUAAAGAAGAAGUUUUUGCACCUCCUAAGAGAGGAUACCCAAAUUUUUAUAGUGACCAAGCCUUAAAAAAAUGGGAAGAAAAUUCUAAUUCGAUUCCUUAUGACUAUGGGUUUUCCCUUUUUAGGCUAACACAGCUAUUUACAAGGCCACAGACCCAGGUGAAGUACUUAAAGCAAGGCUUAGACUUUGAAAAUGUGAUUGUUGAUAAUGUGGAUGUCCCGACUUCUGGAGAAGAAGGACAUGAAGCUGAAAUUUUGUUUGCUGAAGAAAUUGAGCCACUGCCAGGUGAAGAUUAUGCACAAAACUUGCAAUUUGCGACGACAUCGAAGACUAUUGAUAUUAAGAGAUUAAAAGAAACCAUGUGGCAUAAGCUGAACACGAAGACUAAAAUGGAUAUCGAUGAUAAAGAAAAUACAAGGGUUAUUCAUGAUGAAAAAAAUAAUACAUUUUUGGGAGUUUUAAACGCCUUGCCUGGGACAUUGCCACAACAAGAAGUGUCUAAUUUGUCAGUGCACUCGUGCUUUAUUUCCCUUUUACAUCUUGCAAAUGAGCAUAAUUUAAGACUUGAGGCGACUGACGAAUGCGAUUUUACUAUUAUGGAAAAUUAA